CAUCUUCAUUGCAGUCAAAACAUCUCAUGAGAUCUCGACCCGCAACAGUGUACCACCUUGCCACUCGAGCUCGUCUCGCAAUUCAGGUCAUCAAUCCUUGUAGCACGCACCUCCCAAAAGCACUUUACGAGCUCUGCCACAAAGCGCCGCUGACGCUCGGCUGCGUGGUCUAGUCAGCUCCUCAGACGCUACCCAGACGCGACCCUUACACUACUGGAGGCUCUCAUUUGCUGUCAGGCUUCAUUUGCGGGACAGGUAUCUCGAACAGGCUAUCAGGAAGGGCAGGCUGUCCACCGCGCUGGCCGCUCCUUCACCGACGCGACGUGGACUUGCUGAUCAUCCUUUAGCUGCGGCGAGCUGUGAUGGCAAAUUCCCCCCGUUUCGCGUCUUUCGAGAUGCAGGCGAGGCAGCGGACCCCCGAUCCAGCUGGCGCCUCGCAAUUCUCCACCCGUCCUCCACGAGAGCAUCUCAAUCGCGCCGAGGCCCCCUCGAACCUCAGUCUGGUUCGGACCCCUUUGGGCGCUGGCGCAAAUGGGACGUCGCCUGCCAGCGCUCCUCCGAGCGCUCGAAGCAUCUCUAGUCGCACGGGUUAUAGCCGGACGCCUGGUUUCAGCACUCGCAGGCUGCCUUCCAGACUCGCAGGGAGUUUGCAGGCGGAAAGAGGAGUCAGCUCAGCUGUCAGCGCGCACCGUUCACCCGAACCUCACUCGCCCAUCUACUUCAUCACUGCUGUCCCGCCGCUCGAGCUUCCCACCGAUCCUCCUCAUCCGCGCAACCUUUCCAUUGCAGGAAGCGCUAGCCACCGACGGCGAGGCGUUCUCUUGCCCCUGUAUCCAACGCUUGGUGGACAGCUAUAUGCCAUCGCGCGCGAAUGUGGACUACCUUCUAUCGGCGGUUUGGCGGUCUUUCUCUGCGACGACGGAGAGGGCAACCUGGGUCCCCGAAUUGGCGAGGCAGCGUGGGCAUCGUUGUGGUCCCGCUAUUUCGAGGAGGAAAGCUCGCCGGACGAGGCAUUUGGGCGCCACCAUGCCGCUCGGGGUCACGAUCGCAUGCCGAGCGAGCUCUCCGGACAGUCACACAGCGCCAGCUCUCGAUCUAGGGAAGAGUACGGGUCGAACGUUGAGUCUGACGAAUUCGAUCGGUCCGUGUUGAAGCGCGCGUCCCCAGCGCAGCCCCGGCAUGUCAGUUCCGAAUACCCACUCACAGCACACGAGGAUGGCUAUGGCCUCACGCAAGCACGAAGAGAGGCACGGAACUCGAGUCGCAGGAGCGUUUCCCGCACAUCGCAAGCGAGUCGCAAUCGGAGUGAAGUUCAAUCAGGUCGCUUGCCAAUCGUGGGUCGCAUAGAAUGGAUGGUGGAGGAGCACAAAGCACCAUGGUGGCCGCAGUAUCUAGACGGAGCCGAAAAGCGGCCUUUGGCAAGCGCGAAAUCCUCCACCUCUGCUGUAGGCGGCAGGAGGAGCCUACACCUGGGCGUACCUGAGCGCACGGGACGAGACGCCUACCAGGUACCGGCAACAGUGCCGAGUCAGCCAGUAGCGGCAUUGCGCUCGACUGGCUCUAGUGAUGCCCUGCGCUCGAUUGUAUCGGACGCGGCGACGCCUCUCAAUGAAGCCUCGAUGAGCCAGCGAAGUUCGCCCCUUCACCAGCCAUCACCAGGUGCGCUUGACGCCGAUGAAAGGCUUAGCUCCGGAUCUUCAGACGAGCAACUUGGACGUCGAACCAGCUUCGCCACGUCCAGGGACAGAAUUGACUCCUUCUCGCCUCGCACGCAACCGCCGGACGCGCCAACCAUGCUCGGCUUCACGCAGCUAGAGGAUGAAGGUGAAACUCCAUCGACUGAGCGAGCCACCUGGCAGCACAUCACUCAGGAGUCUGAAGCAGGCAACAGCACCCCUGUCGGAGAGGUCAUCCCUGGAACACAACAUAUGCAUGCAUCGCCAGCGCCAGCACCCAGUCCAGAUGCCAUGGGCGUGCAGCAAAGUGAAACACACACUAAGGGCUUGGACGAUUCCGCUCGCUCGCCUCUCACACGAUCCGGUAAAACGAGAGCUGCUAGCCAUCGGUUCGAUCUGUUCGCCAACACUGAUGAGGAGGUACUCGCGGAGAUGCAUGAUGUGCGCUCCUUGCCCGGGCCAGAGUUGGCCAGGCAAGCACGGCGGACAGGCGGCGAUUUGACUUUUACGGAUCAAAGUGCAAUCACCUCGGCUCAAGAGCAGCGCAGUCGUCUCUCUGCUGACGCGACCUCAGCGCUCCGUCUCAGCAGAACAAUGUCCGCUCGCGCCGUAACUCCCAAUCACGCGCAGUCUUCAUCAACAGAGCUGUAUGCGAGCCCAUCGCGCGGUGGGAACGCCGCAGUGCAAGACUGGAUCACGAGCACCGCGCGCUCACCUCAGCUCAAAAGGCGAUCGGCCCUUGCAGGCGAGCUGAAAUUGGAUGCCAGAGAGGAUGACCAUGGCGAGGAUGCUUACGAGGGCGAGCUUGACCCUCAAGACGACGUCCUGGAUGUAGUCUCGCUUUGGGCUCGAAGUGUUACCACUGGUGGAGCAACUUCGGCCGAGCUCCCACCGCCACCCGUAGUGUUGCACGAAGGACCCACGGAAGAGAGCGCGCCAGCUGCUGCUAACGAAGCUGCAAAGACCGCAGAGACCGGCCAGCUAUCUCUACUCAGUCCCAUCGCUCUUGAUGCGAGUGGGACAUUCGAAGGCCCACGACCUUCGCUCGGAGACCUUGCCAGCGGUCAAUCGCCAUCUGAGCCAGCCGACGCGGAGCAGCUGGCUGCGAAGCUUAGCCCCGCAGGCGCGAAUGAUUCAUCUGCCAACGUGGGAGGUAGUGUACCAAAGACUCCGAACAUGUCCCUCACUCCUCUCUCGGCUCCGCAGCUUCAUCCACACUCGCCUGGCGCAAGCAGCUCUACAGACGUCUCGGACACGCUCAUGGACAUGGAGCGUGCGCUCGACUUGCUCUCUCCUGCAGCGUCCGCGGACCCUCGCUCGCCAGCGAUAGGCACACCCAGCAUCAAUGCGGAUUGGCGAAAAGGGGCGCUCUCGUCCCGCGAUGAUCUCGCCAAAGCCCGCACAUUGUCGACUUCAGUGACGCCAAGUCCUCGAUGGCUCUCCGCUCGCGGUCUGCGUCAUUCGCAAGCAGUGGGUUCGUCCUCACGAUCCAGAGAUGUUGAGGUGGUCAGACCCGCCUCGGCUUCAGCUGCCCAAGGUAUGCGGGCUCCGCGCCGGUCGGAAAUUUUGAUGCCAGGCAGCGCGAAGGAGCUAGCACUCCGCGUCAGGGAUGUUCCUGGAUAUGGAAGCAGCAACGAUUCGCACAGCUCUUCAAUCCCGAACAGCGCAAUCGCGCAGGAAUUUGGAUUGGCUCCCACGCCUCUAUCACUCGCCGAGUUGGAAGAGGAUGACCAAUCUUCCAGCUUGACACACCGAUUCGAGGGCGUAGUUCCCCGCGCAAAUGCGGACGAUCCUGAGCAGGAACGUGAAUCUGAUCACGAAGAGCCAGCAGCCCUGGACAGAUCAGCCACGACAACAUGGCAAACGAGCCCUGGGAGCGGACAGAGGGGUGACAUGCUAUCCAACAGCUCGAAGCGCGCCUCCCAGACCGACGACGCUUCACAUGAGGAAGAAAGCCGUGAGGCUUCAAGCAAGCCCACCUCCCCGGCUCAAUCCACCACUCUACUCACCUCACUAUCGCCAAUCAACCACGCGGCUCAGAAACGCCACGAUGAAGAUGCGCGCAGCGCGAGUUCAAUGGAGCAGGCUCAAGAACUUGUGGCCACUCCAGUUGCUCAACUCCCAGAUGAAGCGCUACCACUGUCUCACCACGACUUGUCAACGCCACAGCCUCCCAAACAAGAGACGUUGGGAGCUAAAGUCGGGACCGCGUCCUCGCAGACUGACUCAGUCGAAGAGACUACAAUUCUGACUGAGCGCACAGGGCUUCUUGACAAUAGUCAAUCGACCGACUCCUACUUUCCACAAGAUUCCCGGUCGGGUCCGACUCUGGUGCAGAAAGCGCUCGAAUCUGCUACGAAUCUGGAGCUUGACGAGUGUACUGCAGAAGAGGCUGUUGAGCGCACCCCAGUCGUCAGAAGUGGGUGGGACCCGAUUCCCGGAGUUUCGCCGCGCCAGAACCAGUACACCCAAACCUCACAAGCAAGCGAUGUUAGCGAUUCUGAUGAUGGCUCAGAAGACGAUGAGGACCAGACGGUGGACGAUAUCAGUGAGAUCUUAGCCAGCGAUAUCGAAGCCGCGCCAUUACCUCCAGAAGAUCGAGCCUCGCUUGGAAUGGCUCACGAGCGUCAAGAGUCCGCUUCUUCCUUCGUGCACGGUCCCAAGAGCAUUCGAAGCAUGAUUCGCGGCGAAUCUUUUGCAGCGUCAAGCGCUGGACAACUGAGCUUGAACGCUAGCCCAAGCUCACGCGGUCCUCCGCUUGCAGAAACGGAAACCAGUCCGCCCAAAGUCACGUCGACAGUCUUGAGUCCCUCUUCGAUCUCGGAAGAGACGUCCUUAUUGCCUGCAUCCGCCGCUGGCGCUACGGAACUGCCUCCUGCAGCUCCGUCAUCCGCGAGUGAGGAUGAAUCUCAAAGCGAGGAUCAGUGGAGUCAAGACGGAAGCGCUGCGGACGAUGCGCGGCGGCUCACGAUCUCGCGAUUCAGCCACUCUGGUGCGCGUCCGAACUCUCACAACAGCGCUCUCGCCAACAACUUUGCUCUCGAUGAGUACCUGGGCAGUGCGAGCGACUUUGGACAAGUGAGGCCCAGAGAUGAACCGCUCGCGGUGGAAAGUCCAGUAGACACAUCCGAGCCUGUCCCGAGCCUUUCUGGUGCCAGCGCUUCUAUUUCUGUCGAUGCAACAGCACCCUCGACUUCUCACACCUUCUUCCUUCAGAAGCCAGCGGUCGAAGAGGACCAUUCCUCGACCGACGAUGAAGGGAGCAUCGACGGGAGGCUAGCAGAAAUGCUGGAAAGGAUCCCCAAGUUCAGCGAGCAUCGGCGAUCGUCCCAGCUCGACCCAACAGAGCCUACGCGCUCGUCUCCAUCCACGAUGCCACACGAGUCUCUCGAGGCGAUGAGAGCUUCUACUCACAGCGCAGUGAGGAAUGCUUUGGGCAAUUGGAGUCACGAACGUGUACCGUCGGAAUUUUCCUCGGGCAGCAGCGCCUAUGAUUCCUAUCGAGUUGCCCAGCAGCGAGCUUCGCGUGGCUCUGCCUCGCCAUCGUCUCGCAGCGCUAGUCCACAGUCACGGCGCCCUUCUACUACAGAAGUGCAGCCAUGGGCGAAGGCAAAAGGCGCAGAGCUGGCCGCGUCUCCAGGAGCAAGACUCGCUAGUCCCAACGCUCGGUUCCGUGCUCUUCCCCCAAGUCCGAGCCUGAUAGCCCAUCAGGCGCAGCCGUUGUCGCCUGCCUCGGCGAGCCCAUUGUCACAGUCCUGGCGUGGGGCCGAGUCUGGGGCGUCGACGACGGUCGCUGUCCCGCCAAUCGACCUUGCCGACCACGCGCAUUCUCCGCUCAGCGCUACGACCUCAAACUCUCACACCCUCAUCGACCCCCUGUCCCGCCUCGACUCGGAUUCACAUGUCUCGAGCAGAGACAAGAAUUCGGCACUGUCAUCGGACGGUCCGUUCGCCCUUGAUCGCCUGCACUCAGCACAUACAGACCUGUCGGAGCUCGCCUAGACCGACAUCUUGUACAAAGUGUUUCCACUUCGAAAGCACCGGGCACUUUCCGCGACGUAGUCAAC